AUGUCAGCACCACCACCAAGGGCAGCGCCAAAAGCCAACAGGAGAUCGAGGAAACGUAGGAGGAGACAAGCAUCCGAAUCUUCCUCUUCCUCCUCUUCGGACGAUUCUUCAAGUUCGGACGACGAGGUCGUAGCUCUUGAACCUGCAGUGCAGAAGAUCCAAAUAGACGGGGCAUCAUCCUCUGCCUCUUCUUCUUCAGGAUCAUCUUCAUCCUCCUCAUCGUCAUCUGACUCAUCGGAAGAUUCCGAAUCGGAGUCAGAGUCAGAUUCAGAGAUCGAUCAACCUAAGGCUGGACCAUCGACUUCGACCGCUAAACAACCCAAGAUACGCACGAGAUACCCCACAAAUUCACCCUCGCCUCCUCCGUCCGACAUUCCUUCUUUCUUGACCUCCAAAAUGAAAGGCAAGCGUACGAAUACCGAGGGAGAGGAAGAGAGGAGGCAGAAGUUCAGGACGGUCUAUAUGGAUAAACUUGUUGAAGGGUUCGGAGGGGAUUUGGAGAAGAUGAGAGAGGCUGAUCCGACGAUGGGUCCUAAGCGAUUACAACUCCUCAUUGACUCAUUAGCAGCUGGUAUCGACAUAUAUAGUGAUCCUCAGAAACAGUACGGAGAUAAGAAGGAUGAUGUGGAUGAAGUGGGUUUACUCAUAGGUCGAUAA